UCUGAGCCAGGCUCAGCCGCAGUCUCUCCCUCAUGCUCUGAGCUGGAGCUCUCUCUCUCUCGCAUCCUGAUCCUGUGCCUGCUCGCUGGACUGACUGACGGCUCUCUUCAUUUUCACACCGUGUUUCCCUGAUCAUUUCUGGCUGCGGGGUUGAGGAAGAUGAAUAUUGGGAACGGGUCUGCUCCCGGUGCCGAGGUGGAUCCUGCUGCUGCGUUCCUGGAGCAACAUUAUAAUGAGAUCGAUGGGAUCGAGCGGGAGCAGGAGGCGGUUGAGAUCCCGGGCACUGAGGCAGUGCAGAUGCAGGAGAGCCAAGGAUCGGCUACAGGAGAGGUAAUUGGCGAAGUGGAUGCUGUUAAUGGAGACUCGUGUCAGGAGAAUGGGGCUGAUGCAUAUUCAGCUAUUUCACAAGCUGAUAAACUGCCCCAGGAGCCAGACAGUAUACGCAAAUGGAGAGAAGAACAAAUAAAGCAUCUAGCGGAGUUGGAUGCCAACUCUCGUGAAGCAGAACUGGAAUGGAGAGAGAAGGCAAAGAAAGAUUUGGAAGAUUGGUACAUACAACAAGCAGAGCAUCUCGAAGAAAUGAAAACUAAUAACAGGAUUCUGGAUGAGGCUUUCUACAAACAACCCUUCGCCGAUGUGAUUGGCUAUGUCACAAAUAUAAAGCAACACUGCUACAACCUACAACAGUCAGCUGAAGACCCAGAUAUGAGUGAAGGUCAAGAGGGUGUUGUGAGCUCUGAGUGGGAGCAUGUCUUACACCUCUGUGAUUUGAACGCCAAGACCAGUAAAGUGUCCAAAGAUGUGUCACGGAUGCGAUCUGUUCUCAUGUCACUCAGCCAAGUGCCACUGACUCUAAAGUGAAGUCAAAACAGUCAGGCUUGUGUGCUUUAAAUUUUAAUCAGUGGUUUCAAUCUCAAAGAAAUAUUACAUUUCAAUUCCAAAUUGUGUGGGAUGGUUUGUCAGUGUUGAAAUUUGCUGCUUGUGGUUCCUUCCUUUUUCCAAGUUAAAAGUGUUUUGGAAGAGGAACAUGUCUCGGAGAUGAGUUCUGACAGAAUCGAUUAAAUCAUGUAUUUGCUAUUUGCUUUGUGUGAAUUAGUGUAUGUGAUUUUCUUGUUCUGAGAGUACAGGACUGCAGUACAAUAUGUAUUAUUUGUUUCAAUACUGUAAUAUAGUAAAAACUACAUUAUAAAUCUGUUAUCUGUCUAAUGAAAUAAAAUUUAUCAACAAGUUAAUUACAGAGUGAAAAUUCUAUUACUUGUAAUAAUUUUAAACAUUGCUUUGCUUCAGUGUUUUCUUUUGAGUUUGCAGGUUGUAAAUUCGUUCCUGAGUCCAGGAUUUUAGCACAGAACCUGGAACAUUGAGUUACAUCAUGAGGGAGCUUUGCUGUUUCAACAUCUUCCUCUUCAGGCUGGUGUUCAGGCUCCUGGUGUACUAUUAAAAGAUAUUUCUCCCAAUGUCCUGGCCAACAUUGCUAACUCAAACACCAUGAAGAAAUGGACUUUUAUUUGUGAAAUUUUGCUGUGUACAG